AUGAAUAUGUUAAAAGCGGGAUAUGCGGACAAUUCUACCGCCCAGUCUGUUGCAUCAAAGGCGGACACAAGCUACGAAGGGCAGUACACAUCUUUAAUGGGCAAAGUCAUUGCUAUUUCUGGCGCUGGCUCUGGCAUUGGUCUCGCUACAGCCAAGCUCCUGUGUUCUGCUGGAGCGCGCCUAUCCCUUCUCGACAAUGCGAAAGAGCCUCUUGAGAACGCUGCCGAAGAUAUACGAAAGAAUCAUGCUACACGUCUAGACGUCAAUAGCAGCUCCUCCGAUAUCUUGACUACUGUUGCAGAUAUACGAACUAGCGUGGCGGUAGAAGCUUGGAUAGAGAAGACUGUGUCGCACUUUGGUGCCCUCGAUGGAGCCGUGAAUCUCGCUGGCGUUAUCGGAAAAUCCGUUGGUGUUUCCAAUUUAACAGAGAUAUCCGAUGAGGAAUGGCUUUUCGUGAAUGAAGUCAACCUUCAUGGUGCAUUUUACGCAACCCGUGCACAACUUCGGGCGAUGGUAAAGCUUGGGCAAGGGCCACGAAGUAUUAUCAAUGCGUCAAGUACAGCUGGACUUGAGGGUAACCGCAAGAACUCCCCUUAUGUGGCUUCCAAGCACGCCGUGAUUGGGUUAUCGCGCUGUGCAGCUAAAGAGUUCGGACAUUUAGGAAUCAGGGUAAAUGCGAUUGCGCCUGGCCUUAUCAAUACCCCAAUGUUACAAUCGCUACCAGCUGAAAGGGAUGGGCAUAACGACUUCCUCCUCAAGAAUAGUCAAUCAUUAGGCAGGAGGGCAGAUCCAGAGGAAGUGGCCAGAACUAUUGCAUUUCUGCUAAGCCGUGAUUCCUCAUUCAUAACCGGAGCAGUAAUUUCAAUCGACGGCGGGCAAAUCUGUUAG